AGCAGAUCAAACACGGAUCAGUCGAGUCGUCCACUGAUCAUCUCCGUGUUUGUUCUGCUUCUUGUAAGUGAUCAUGACUCGUUAAUGGAUUCAUUUUUUACUUUCUCGAGUACCAGAUUGAUGAAUUUGCUUUUCUGGUAGUGAUUAACCAUGGGUGGCGGCCACGACAUGGGCGGUGGCCACAACGGCGGCGUGAAGGGGUUCGUGUCCAACCUCGUCGGCGGCAGCAAAGGCCACGGGUACGGGUACGGCCAGCAGGGUCACGGCGGCUACGGCAGCAGCUACGGACACGGCGGCUACGAGCAGGGGUACGGCGGCCACGGCCAGCAGCACGGCGGGUAUGUGCAGCAGGGGCACGGCGCCUACGAGCACGGGUACGGCGGCGGCCACGUACAGCAGCACGGCCACGGCCACGGCCACGAGCACGGGUACGGCAGCCACGGAUACGGCGGCCACGAGCAGCACGGGUACGGCGGCGGCCAUGUUCAGCAGCACGGCUAUGGCCAUGCCGCCGGCGCCUACCCUCCGCACGGCGGCUACCAGGCGCACGGCUACGCGCCGGCGGCGUACCCCUCGCACGGCUCGCACCACGGGGGUGGCCACAUGGGAUCUUACCAUACCGGGCACGGCGGCGGCUACGGCCACGGUCACGGCGGGAAGUUCAAGGCCGGCAAGCACGGCAGGAAGUGGAAGUGAAUCAAGUAGCGGGUACCCACGUCGUUCGCGUGCUCUAUGUACGUGUGCGCUCCCAAUAUGAUAUGCCCCGGUUAAACCCUUGCGUAUAUCUCCAUGUCAAUUGGUCGAUUUAACCAGGCUUCCUAUCAUCCUAUGUACUAUCGCUUAUAUGUAUACAACCUAAGUGAAAUAAAGAGC